CAACCAUCUCCAACGGCCUUCGAAGUAAACAAAGAACGGUAGACGCCAUCUGAUUGGCUGGGGGCGGAUGGUGAAGAACAAGCGGGUCAGCCAUCGCGAACUCACGUGACCAUGCUCUUAAGGACAGAGCUGCCUCGGCCCGUCCUGGCCAGCGGCCGAAUUCUCCACAAUUACCGAGCGCAUGCAGCACAUGUCCGUCUCGUCCCAGCUGUCGAAGCUUCCUCGCCUUCUUCUUUUACAAUUCCCAUCGACAGAUUUCCUUCAUCAGCAGAAUUAUACCCGCUAAGCACAUCGCCCACAAUGGCGAUUCGCGAGGAACUCGUUGCUUCGGCGCCAGCAGUCUUGCAGGACCCUAGCGUCGCAUCCUCAUCUGUCGAAAAUAGAAUAACAUUUCUUCGCUCCAAGAACCUGACCCAAGAGGAAAUCGACGUCGCCAUGUCCCGUACUGGCGCUGGCCCUCCUCCGCCACCUCCGGGCGCUUCGCCCUAUGCCAAUGCCGUUGGCCCAGCCCAACCGUACUACCAGCCCUACUCACAGUAUGCAUGGCAGCCUCCUCCUCAGAUUCCUCGUCGUGACUGGCGCGAUUGGUUCAUCAUGGCAACUGUCGUGAGCGGCGUCUCAUACGGCCUCUACUCUCUCGGCAAGCGCUACGUCUACCCUCUUGUGGCACCCCCGACGCCGGAGAAGCUCGAGCAGGAUAAGCAGCACAUUAGCGACCAAUUCGACCGCGCCUUUAAUCUAGUAGAGCAACUUGCUAAGGAUACCGAGGACCUCAAGAAGACCGAGCAGCUACGAUCGGAGAAACUCGACACGGCCCUGACUGAAUUAGAGACCGUCAUGGCUGAGUUGAAGACAGCCAACCGACGCCGUGAUGAUGACGCGCUGCGCAUUCGCGACGAGAUCCAAGCCUUGAAGGAUGCUAUUCCCAAGGCCAUGGAGGGCCAGAAGAAGGCUACUGACAACCGUCUGUACGAAAUCAACACCGAGUUGACUAGCCUUAAGACCAUUAUUUCGCAGCGCAUGGCUACGGCUUCCAAGAUUGCCACCACAACCCCUGCCUCUCCAGCUGCUCCCGCAUCUCCCGCCGUGCCGUCUCCCAAGGUGGAAGACGCACCAGAAACCCCAGAGCCUGCUGCAGCCAGCACCUCAUCCGAGCCGCCUAAGACGCUUGCCCAGGGUGCCUACAACAAGACUACACGCCUGUCUGGCUCCUCGGGCAAGCCCUCGAUUCCCGCCUGGCAGGUCGCCAUGGCCAACAAGAACAACGCUACCGCAGAGGGUUCAUCCAGCAGCUCAUAACCGAUCUCGGGGCGUAAUGAACAAUAUUAAAAUAUCCUGACAUUUUUCUUGAUUAUUUUCAAUGCUGGUGUAGAGAAAGUGGUACUCGGCUCUGUUGGGACGCAUUGCAUUUUUCUACUGUAUACUAGGGUUAGCUUAUGGCGAAUGCAUCAUCUGUUUAUUUGAAAGCCAGUGUUUGUCUCAGGUAUUUUAAAAAAAAAAGAUUCCAUGUGCAGUGAUAUACCCAUUUUGAGAAGGCUGUUUGCGCCCAGUUAGCGCUGUAUGGCUACGACGUCAUGG